AUGCUCCACUUGAAGCAAUGUCAGCAUCUGAAACAGAUAACUCAGAAAUGCUUGUCUCGCAUCCAUGUGAAAACAGAUAAACAUCCACAGCUAUUUCUUUCAAGAACCUUUGCGCUUGCGGAAUUAAGGAAGUCAUGGCAUUCCAUCUACUCACUUGUUGGAGACAAAAAUAUUAUCCUGAUGGGACCUCCCGGUGCUGGGAAAACAACAGUAGGCAGAAUAAUAGGCCAGAAACUGGGUUGUUGUGUCAUCGAUGUGGAUGAUGAUAUCCUUGAAAAAACCUGGAAUAUGAGUGUGUCUGAAAAAUUGCAGGAUGUUGGUAAUGAGCAAUUUUUAGAAGAGGAAGGAAAAGCCGUGUUAAACUUCUCUGCAUCUGGAAGUGUGAUUUCCCUUACUGGGUCCAACCCAAUGCAUGAUGCUAGCAUGUGGCAUCUAAAGAAAAAUGGAAUAAUUGUUUAUCUGGAUGUACCUCUACUAGAUAUAGUCAGUCGUCUAAAAUUAAUGAAAACAGAUAGGAUUGUAGGUCAGAAUUCUGGAACCUCUGUGAAAGACUUACUUAAAUUUAGAAGACAGUACUAUAAGAAGUGGUAUGAUACUCGUGUUUUUUGUGAAAGUGGGGCUUCCCCAGAGGAGGUAGCCAACAAAGUGCUGAGUGCAGUUAAAAGAUACCAAGAUGUGGAUUCAGAAACAUUCAUUUCCACAAGACACAUUUGGCCUAAAGACUGUGAACAGAAAGCUCCAAUGAAAUUCUUUAGUGAAGCUGUGAUUGAGGGGUUAGCUUCUGACGGUGGACUUUUUGUUCCUGAGAAGGAGUUUCCAAAGUUAAACUGUGGGGAGUGGAAAAGCCUGGUAGGAGCAACAUACAUAGAAAGAGCACAGAUACUUCUGGAAAAAUGUAUACAUCCUGCUGACAUACCUGCUGCCAGGCUGGGAGAAAUGAUUGAAACUGCUUAUGGGGAAAACUUUGCCUGCUCAAAAAUCGCCCCUGUCAGGCACCUGUCAGGCAACCAGUUCAUCCUGGAGUUGUUUCAUGGACCAACAGGAUCAUUUAAAGACCUGUCUUUACAGCUCAUGCCCCAUCUUUUUGCACACUGUAUUCCACCAAGUUGCAAUUUUAUGAUACUUGUAGCCACCUCAGGAGACACUGGAAGUGCAGUCUUAAAUGGCUUUAGUCGUCUUAAUAAGAAUGACAAUCAGAGAAUAGCCGUGGCCACAUUUUUUCCUGAAGACGGAGUCAGUGAUUUUCAAAAAGCACAAAUAAUUGGCAGUCAGAACGAAAAUGGAUGGGCAGUAGGUGUCAAAUCAGAUUUUGAUUUCUGCCAGACGUCUAUAAAAAGAAUUUUUCAAGAUUCUGAUUUUACUGGCUUUCUUGCUGUGGAAUAUGGAACCGUCUUAAGUUCAGCUAAUUCCAUAAACUGGGGCCGACUGCUUCCCCAAGUAGUUUAUCAUGCUUCUGCAUACCUUGAUCUCGUUAGCCAAGGAUUUAUUUCUUUUGGAAGCCCAGUUGAUGUGUGUAUUCCCACAGGAAACUUUGGUAACAUUUUAGCAGCAGUGUAUGCCAAAACCAUGGGAGUCCCUAUUCGAAAAUUUAUCUGUGCUUCUAAUCAGAACCAUGUUUUGACUGAUUUUAUAAAAACAGGACAUUAUGAUAUAAGGGAAAGAAAACUAGCACAGACCUUUUCACCAGCAAUUGAUAUCCUCAAAUCUUCAAACCUGGAACGACAUUUACACCUGAUGGCUAAUAGAGAUGGACAGUUAAUGAGAAGACUGUUUAAUCAACUAGAAGAGGAGCAUCACUUUCAGAUAGAGAAGAUCCUAGUUGAGAAACUUCAGCAGGAUUUCGUGGCCGACUGGUGCUCUGAGGGAGAGUGCCUGGCAGCGAUUCACUCCACCUACAACACUUCGGGGUACAUUUUGGACCCACACACUGCUAUUGCGAAAGUAGUUGCAGACAGAAUGCAAGACAAAACUUGCCCAGUGAUCGUCUCCUCUACAGCUCAUUACUCCAAGUUUGCACCUGCUAUCAUGCAGGCUUUAAAGAUUGGAGAAAUCAACCAGACUUCAUCAAGUCAGGUUUACUUACUAAGUUCAUACAAUGCCUUACCUCCACCACAUGAGGCUUUACUAGAGAGAACAAAACAGCAGGGGAAGGUGGAGCACCAGGUCUGUGCAGCUGAUGUGAAUGUCCUGAAGAAUCACGUGGAAAAACUUGUACAAAAUCAAUUCAUAUGA